AUGACGUCGUAUGAGGCUUUAUAUGGUAGGCGAUGUCGUUCUCCUAUUGGUUGGUUUAAGCCCGGUGAGGCUAGGAUGUCGAGUACGGACUCAGUUUGUGAUGCCUUAGAUAAGGUGAAGUUGAUCCAGGAUCAUCUUCAUAUAGCUCAGAGCAGUCAUAAGAGUUAUGUAGACAAGAAGGUCCAUGAUAUGGCUUAUAUGGAGGGCGAGAAGGUACUUUUGAAAGUUUCACCUAAGAAGGGCGUGAUGAAAUAUGGGAAAAAAGGCAAGUUGAGCCCAAGGUUUAUUGGCCCAAUUAAGAUCUUAGAGAGAGUUAGAGAGGUUUUUUAUAGGUUUGGAUUGCCUCCUCGCCUAGUAGGGGUACAUCUAAUAUUUCAUGUUUAUAUGCUUCAAAAAUUUCAUGAAGACAAGUCGCAUGUAUUAGACUUCAGAAUAAUGCAGCUUGAUGAGAAUCUAACUUAUGAAGAACAGUCGGUAGCUAUUAUAGAUCAGCAAGUUUAG